AUUUGUGUUUUCAUCUAAGACCGCUAAAAUGUGAUAAAAAAAAACCUUGGGCUUCAUGAACUGCGCUUGUUUCUGAUUUUGUGCGUACAAAAUUGCUAACUGUCAAUCUCGGUCCUAUAAUACGUUCACCGAGAUAUACAAAAUGCUCCCGGCAGCUUUGAAAACAAAGCAAGAGUCGAAGGAAAGCCGGUGCAGCGCGAGAAUGCAGGUCAAUAGGCGGAAAACCUGUGCUAAUAGCGCCGCACCGCAUGCCCUUCACCGACCACGGACAAAAACCUGCCGCACCAUGACAUUGGCUUAAUGCGACCCAGCUGACCAACAUUACACACAUUGUAUGUACCUGUAACACAUAUAUGCUGCCGACUUUAUGAUAAACCUUUGUAACGCAUCUAUCUGUUUUGGGUCAAGAAUCUGUAUCGAUGGCACACAUCUGUUUCAGUUUACUCACAUGAUUGCGUCAUUGGCAAACAAACCGGUGUUUGUUUUCCCUUCCUGCGUUAUUAAAUUCCGUCCAGUUCCAGUUUCAUCGCAUCAUGACCAAUAAAGGGAAACAAAUUGUUUUUUCAACAAAUCUUUAGGUGCUUGCAAAGUUAUAACGAAGAAAGUAGCUAUGCAAAAGAUUUGCGGUUGUAAAAUUUAUUAUACAUGAGAGGAGCACGCAACUCCGAGCAUCUACCUGUGCCGGCUGCAUUAUGCAUGAAAGUGCACUAGAAAAACAACCAGUUAUAGUGAACUAUAUAAAUCGUUGGUUGCGCUGGUAGGUCGGUCACUGCAUCCACGCUAGCGGCUGCGGCGGCGGCGACGCGGAGUCGCCGUGACGCGUCGGUCCCUCACACGCAUGCAAACUGGCGGCUACUCAACUCACUACUCAGUCACACAGCAACCGGCGCCGCGAGUACCGAUGUUCCUCCGCCGCGUUUAAUCCACCGACGAAUAUACACAAACCGCACAAUGCUAACUGAAUGAACAUGAACAUCGGCAUCCGUAUGCAAUGGAACGUAUUACAAAAAUGAGAGUGCAGUGAGUUGAAUCGUUCCGGCAGUGUUGUUAAAAGUUGUUUAGUUUUAGGCUGGCGGCAGCAUGGAGGCAGUGUGCGAGCGGGGCGACGGAGCGUGCGCCGCGCGCGCUCUCUCCGCUGCGCUGCACGCGUUACACCUAUACUGCGCGACCAUCUCCACUGCGCUAAUAUGUUGCUGCGCGAAGCCAUCACAACACAGGAGCCCCAAACGAUGGCGAGGCCAGAACGUGCGAGGUGCCGCAAGUUUGGUGCUGGGUGUCGCGAUGAUCCUUGGAGCAGCGGCUGCGGGGCUGAGGCCGGGUCUCGUGGUCCCUCUUACUGCUGCCCUCCUGGCCCCUCUAGCCUGGCUUUCCGCUGCGGCACUCCACGUGGCCCUCUGGACCCGGCGAUCGGCAGCUUCCUUGCUCUAUCUCGCCAUAUACUGGCUCCUCACCGCAGUCUCCACGGCAGCCGUCAUGUGGCAACAACUCGAGACGGGCCUCGCGCCAAACCAAAUAGAAAUCUAUAUCCAUGCAGUCACCUUGCUCAUGGCGAUUAUAAUGGCUGGAGUUGAUUGCGUUUGUUUUUAUGACGAGGUUUCGAAACGAUUUCAGAAUACUCAAAAAUCUUCAUCAGAUAUUUUAAGCGACAUCAGUUACUUGCAUAACGACAGCCACUUUUAUUCGAAAAUAUCGUUUUAUUGGCUCAAUUCGCUAUUGUACAAAGGAUAUGAAUCACCUUUGGAGCAAGAGGACUUAGGAGAACUACCGGAGGACGAACGACCAGUGAGACAUUACAAUAAGCUUAAGAAGAUUCAUGACAGUCAGAAGAAACCUAAAAUAGAAAGCAACCCUCCCAGUAUAUGGACGUGCUACAUUCGUAUGGUGUGGCCAAACUUUUAUAUAGCCGGAGUUCUUAAGUUGUUUAGCGAUUUAAUAGGCGUAGUGCCGCCUAUGGGACUGGCUGUGGUCAUUAAAUUCAUACAAGAUGCGAGACAAGAAUACAAUUUAGACGCUCCGGUGACCGUGGAAGAAUUUUUGAGUAAUGGAUAUAUAAUGCUCAUUAUAGUGACGUUGGCGCUGAUAAGCCAAGGCUUCCUAUCUCAAAACUCGACGCAUUUAGUGACAGUGGAGGGGACCCGGUUAAAGACGGCUUUACAAGGCAUGGUGUACGACAAGUGCAUGCGGCUGGCGCCGUGGUCAUCGCCCGACGGGGCGGGUGAGGAGGCUCCACUGCUCGCCCCGCCCGAACCGAACACACAGACCGGGUAUCUCACCAACCUGGUCUCGCAAGACACUUACAACGUCAUGUCCUGUGUCUGGAUUUGCCAUUAUACGUGGGCUAUACCGCUAAAGGUAGCUGUUAUAUUAUAUUUGUUAUAUACAAAAUUGGGAGUAAGUGCAAUUAUUGGUUCAGCAGCUAGCAUAUUGUUUAUCACUCCUUUGCAAUUCUACUUAGGGAAGAAAAUUUUUGACAAUUCUAAAGAAAUUGGGAGAUGUACUGACCACAGGAUGUCGAAGCUGACGGAGAUAUUGCAAGGGAUGCAUGUGAUCAAACUGUACGUAUGGGAGGAUCUCUUUAACGAGAAAAUUCUUAACCUAAGAGAACUGGAACUGAAAUUUCUAAACAAGGAAUCAAUUUACUGGAGCUCUCUGACUUUUACAACUCAAGUUUCUACGAUAUUGGUAACCAUGAUAACCUUCACAGUGUACUAUUAUUUAGAUGACAGUAACACAUUCACAGCAGUCAACAUUUUUACUGGCCUAGCACUUUUCAAUCAGCUGUCCGUUCCGCUACUUAUCUUACCGGUGACCGUGCUCAUGGUCAUUCAGGCGAUGGUUAGCACGAACAGAAUAAAACGGUAUUUAGAUCUUCCCGAAUCAAAGAACAUCAGAGAAGACGAUAACGAAGCGGUUUGUCAAAGGAAAUCGACGGAUACCUUUAACGACGCUUUUGUUGAUGUCAAGCCAGACGAUAGUUUAACUGAAAACCCCGCUAAUGAUGAGGCCGAUCUGAGUAGCGACCAAUUUUCAGAUGAGGACAUGUUUAAUGCUGCAGAGGAUAAACAAGAAAUUCUAAUUAGAUUUAGAAAUGCAGGAUUCAGCUGGGGACCAAAGAAUGACAACGCCUUAGAAGUUGACUAUUUAGAUAUUCCUACUGGAAAACUCAUAAUGGUGGUUGGCGCUAGUGGAUCGGGAAAAACCUCUUUUCUCUCCUGCAUUUUAGGAGAGAUGUACUUUGACCGAGGUGAAGUCUGUCGGAGCGGAAAUUGUUCAACGUGGUUCGCGGGGCAGCCGCCGUGGCUGUUGGAAGGGUCGGUGCGAAACAACAUCGUGAUGGACAGCGCUUGGUGCCAUAGCAAGUACUCGCGGAUCCUGCGCGCCACUGGCCUGGUACCCGACUUGCAACUGCUACCCGAAGGUGACGCUACUCAACUCGGCAGCCAGGGUUCGCCACUAUCCGGGGGACAACGCGUACGUGUGAGCGUGGCUCGUGCUCUCUACUCAGGGUCCAGACUCUUGGCGCUGGAUGAACCGCUGGGAGCGCUGGACGCAGCGCUGGCGAGACAUUUGGUCGCGCGGGCACUCGUGCCCGCAGCGAGAGGAGGGGCCACUGUACUGCUAGCUACUAACCGGCUCGAGCUGCUGCAUUAUGCUGAUCUGAUUAUAGUGAUGGAAGAUGGUCGUGUAGCUGGUUUUGGCCGGCCCACUGACAACGACCCGGCUAUAUCGCGCUGGGCGAGGCUCGCCGGGGAAGCGCGGGCGGCAGCGGCGCGGGGGGGCGCCGGACCUCCGGGGGGCACGGCGCGGGAACGCACCAGGCUCGUGCGGGCACUCAGCCGCGCAAGAUUCAGCAGGAGCUUGUCGGAGGAUACUACUGUGGGGGUGGGUAUUAGCGAAGCGGCGGGGGCGCACCUUCUGGCCGAGGUCCCCACAUGUGCCGGUGGUAGCUGGCGGAGGGCCACGAUUAGGCAGCGGCCGGCGCUGUCGCGGCAGUUCUCAUCGCCUCCUCCUUCUGUGCAUAAUUACAAGUGGCGAAGAGACGUGCGCCGAGCCGUCAGCGCAGACGAAUCAAGCGCGGGGUUACGUCGAGAGGCCAGUCUACUGCGGCGACUGCUGAGAAGGCCACGACCACAUCGGACACUCGGCAGAUGGACACCAAGAACUCUUCGCAGGCUACUAAGUGCCGAUUCAGAAAGUGCACCUGAAGAAACUCAAGCAAACGGGACAGCAAAUGAAACGGCUCUUGAAACAUCCUGCCUGUCGACGGGCACUAACGGAGUCGAUGUCGCACUAGCUAUGCCUGACACGCCUACUGUGAAUAAAGAGGAAGAACAAGAAACUGUUAGCGAGUGCACGAUAUGGUGGGCAUACGCCCGCGCGUGCGGCUGGUGGGGCGCGGCGUACUGGGCGGCGGCGGCGGCGGCGCAGGGCCUCGCGCUGGCCGCCGACUGCUGGCUCGGCUACACCGCCGCGGGCAACGCGCACGCGCCCUUUACGGACGAACAGAUGUGGGAGUCAGUGCGCAACUACGCCCUGGUGUGCUGCGCGGGCUUAUGUUGCGCGGGCGGCGCGCAAGCAGCAUGCGCGCUGGCCGGCGCUCGCGCGCGCCGCACGCUGCACGAGCGCCUGCUGCAUGCUGCGCUGCACCAGCCGCCGCUGCAGCAGGCGCCCGGCGCCGCCCUCAUGCGCUUUGGCGCGGAUAUCGCGGUCAUAGACAAGAAAUUGCCCAUUGCUGUGAGCAGAUGGGCACAGCUAGCGUUGUUGUGCGGGGCCGCACUACUUGUCAACGCGGUCACCGCGCCGUGGACGCUGCUCGCGCUGCUGCCCGCCUGCCUCGUCUAUCUGUGUCUGCAGUCGGUGUAUUUACACAACGCGAGAGAAUUCCAACGUAGCGAAGCAUACAGCGCAGCAGGGGUGGUGUCCCUGGCGGCGCAAACGCUUGCCGGAGGCGGGACAGUGCGCGCGGGCCGCUUACAACCGCGCCUGCGUGCCGCCUUCCUCAAGCGGCUCGACCGCAACCAUAACGCCCUUCUGCUACACAACUCGGCUAUACGUUGGCUGGGGCUGACGCUGGAUCUUGUGGGAGCCGCAGCAGUCUGCGUCUCGCUUGGCGUAGCGUUGUACGACGGCAGUGCAGCGGCAGCAGGACUGGCUGGGGCCUACUCUCUGCUGCUGCCAGCGUUCCUCGCUCAUCUGGCCAAAUGCCGCGCAGACUUAGACCUUCAACUAGCGGCCGUUGAACGCGUCCGCGCGCAUACUGCUGUACCGCAGGAAGAUUAUCGGGAAGACUGUCCAAUACCGACGGGUUGGAAACGAGAUGGGAAGAUUGAGUUUGAAAACGUUACCGUCCAAGGUCAAGAGCCGGGCACGCUUCCAAUACUUCACGACAUCAAUAUUUCUAUAAAUCCCGGUGAAAAGGUCGCGAUAUGUGGUCGCAGUGGCAGCGGCAAGUCGACUCUUCUAUUGUCCUGCGUCGGCGGGACCUCCAUCACCAGCGGCCGCGUCCUGAUCGAUGGAAUCGACGCGACGCGCGUGCCGUUGCGCACGCUUCGACAUCGAAUCGUCGUUCUACCGCAGGAGGCUAUUAUGUUCUCUGGCACUCUACGCGAGAACUUGGAUCCUCUCGCCGUUCAUACAGAUGAAGAAAUAUGGCACAGCAUCAGAGCGGUCGGACUCUUUGACUUCGUUACAUCCCAACCUGCUGGUUUAGAAUGUCCUGUGGGCAAAACGCGAUGCGGUUGGAGCGACGGGCGGGCAGCGCGCGCGAGUGCCGCCAGGGCGCUGUUGCACGCGCGGCUGGCCAGCGCCUUGCUGCUGGACGAGCCGGGCGCCGCGCUGGACGCGCCUGCCGAAAGGAGCCUGCUGGCCAGCAUAGCAAGCGCCGUGCCCGAUACUACUAUCAUCACAGUAGCGCAUCGCGUUUCAUCGGUGCGCGGAUACGACCGCGCAGUGGUGUUGGAAGCGGGCCGCGCGGCCGAGCAGGGCGCGCUGCCGGCGCUGCUGGCGCGGCCUGGCUCGCGCCUGGCGGCCAUGCUCGCGCAGCCGCACGCCUGACGACUCUAUACGACGGCGCAGUGGUGCUGGAAGCGGGCCGCGCGGCCGAGCAGGGCGCGCUGCCGGCGCUGCUGGCGCGGCCUGGCUCGCGCCUGGCGGCCAUGCUCGCGCAGCCGCACGCCUGACGACUCUAUACGACGGCGCAGUGGUGCUGGAAGCGGGCCGCGCGGCCGAGCAGGGCGCGCUGCCGGCGCUGCUGGCGCGGCCUGGCUCGCGCCUGGCGGCCAUGCUCGCGCAGCCGCACGCCUGACGACUCUAUACGACGGCGCAGUGGUGCUGGAAGCGGGCCGCGCGGCCGAGCAGGGCGCGCUGCCGGCGCUGCUGGCGCGGCCUGGCUCGCGCCUGGCGGCCAUGCUCGCGCAGCCGCACGCCUGACGACUCUAUACGACGGCGCAGUGGUGCUGGAAGCGGGCCGCGCGGCCGAGCAGGGCGCGCUGCCGGCGCUGCUGGCGCGGCCUGGCUCGCGCCUGGCGGCCAUGCUCGCGCAGCCGCACGCCUGACGACUCUAUCAAGUGCAGCUACUAUUUCUUACACGAUCCCGGUUCGAUAUUUUAGUCGUUUUUGAAGUCCAUGCGCGGAUCUUUGAAAUUUUAAAACGCAGCUAAGGACCUCGUCGAUGUAACUAAUACCUUAACGAAGCGACGAAAAACAACUCUGACGCAUGUCCAAAAUAAGCUGGUCUCGCUGGUUUGUUAUGUAUCUUCUAAGAUAAAGAACCAAACGCCCAGAAUUAGGAUGAAAAGACUUAUAAGUAUUGGAUAAGCACAGCAACUCGAAACACUAAUGAACGCAAUUGUUCCAUAGAUCGAAAUCCAAUAAAUAAUAUAUGUGACUCAUACAAUAAUGGUAACACUAGGAAGUCAACUUAAAAAACUGUAUAAUAUUGUUAGAAAUUGACGAUAACAAUGGCAAAUUAACUGGAUAUAAGGCGUAAUAAUUUCACUCGACAGCAAGCUCUCGGGAAAUAACAUCAAGCACUUUAUUUAAAUAAAUAAAUAAAAAUAUAAUGUGGGACCAUCUUACACAAAUCACCCCGUCCCACAGUAAGCUCAAUCAUUUAGAUAAUAAACAAUUCAAAAAUUACCUACAUGCAAUAAAAUUCCGAGACGAAAAGAUUUUCUAAAAAGUGUGCAGAAAGUGAUACGUUUCUGCACAAGAGCAUUUUACUUUCCAAGUACGUCUUUUUUUUACUUUAAGCUAUUUGGUUUUAAAUACAAUACACAACAUACAAUUACAACGUAUACAUUCUGAUUUUUAACUCCCCAUUCCAUAAAUAACGAUACUUUUACCAAAAUGGUUAAUUUAAUGUCAUAUUUUAAGAAACACAUGUAUUUUACUUUCCUCGUUUUCGAAAUGAAAAGUACCUUUCAUGCCUUGGUUAACAAUCUACUAUUUGACAUCUGUCAAAAAUCUGUGUCGAGUCAUUUUAUCUGUGAAUUAUUAUUAUUUAAUACUACUUAUAAGUAAACUUCUUAAUAUAAUUCUGAAUACUUGCAAUUGUAUCUAAUUACUGAUUAGGUAUACAAAACAGAUUAUGCUUAUGUAUUUAAAUUAUAAAUAGAUACUUAAAUUUAUUUUAACAGCACUCAAGAAAGUGUAAUAAUCAUGAUACCUGGUCAUAAAUAUUCGCUUUAAGGGACCUGUACGUAUACUUCAUAUGACAUGAAUGAUAAUCGUUGUAGUUUAUAGUGAUAGCAUUUUUAUUGAAAUGCUCAGUGUGUACCAAAUAGUAUUGAAUUGUAAAUAUUGGUGAGUAAUACUCGAAUGCAGACUGAGUUCUUGGAGUAAGAGAGGGAGAAAUAAAUGAUCAAAACAUGUA